AACACACCCACCAAUCUACCUGCGCCGCAUGGUAUGUACCGACACCAAAUGCGGUCACAUCAAAACAAAUCAAUACGAAAAAACAUAGAUGGGGCGAUGGGCUGACUGUCGUAAGGUCAUUCUGUCAGGCAGGCCAUAAGUUACGAAACACACGUGCACUUACAUAUGCAUUAUGUGUACGAAUGGCAUAUGGAUUCGUGAGCUUGAUCGUCGACACCAUGCACGAAUGACAAGAACACAUGAAGGCCACCCACCACACGACACACAGUAGUCACUCCACGUAAUCCACCGCCAGACAGUUACAAAUCCUGCCUUGGACGCAAAGAUAGAGCACCGAUGAAAGCAAUGGAAAUUACAAUCAUCCCACUCACCCUCUCCCCCCAGCACACCACACACAUGUCACACCACACACAUGUCACACCUCACCUAUGCAGCAUCGUGUUCCCCACCCACUCGAACACGUACUCGAUCGAGCCUCACAAGACCCCAAUCCAACUACCCAGACCGCGCGAUUCACGGCCUAUCUUAUGUGACUUGGUGCGCGACUGGAGGCAUCCCCAAUUCCCUCUCCAUCUCCCCCCCUGUCGCCAUCGCAAUCAGACUAUGCCCUUGUCUCCCUCGUGGUGGUCCUCGUGAUGCUGCUCGUCGUCCGCUUCUCUCUCAGUCGCUCUCUCCUCACUUGAGCAAACAGCAUUCCUCCUUUGAAGCAGACCAUCAGACAGGUGAAGAGAAUUGAAAGGACGUAAAGGACGAUUGUACUGAGGUCCGACUGGUCCACCGGCAUAGACAUGAAGGUGAUGAUGGCGAUUGGUAUCUCUCCCAGCGAGACGAUGAAAACAGUAAGAUGGAAUCUCACGGACAAUUCCAUCAGAGGCCGCGCAGGCCAGUGGGCAUUGAAGGCAACGACAUCGCAGAGAGAGAGGGCGAAGAUGAUGACGGAUUGCCAGAGGAGCCCACGAGUGACAAGGUCAACACCGACGGCAAGGUCGGAAGUCCAAUCGAUCACCACGAGGAAAAACAGCAGGAGUUUGAGUGAUCUCUCCUGACAAAUAGGAUCACAUACAUGCACACAUGCAGAGAAAAAGAGAGUCGUUGGUGAUCUAAACGAAGAAAGUCCGCGAGUGGCUUACCACUGCGACGGCGCUGCCUUUGCAGGAACACCAUUGAGCGAGUCUUUGAUACGCAAUCGACUCCUCAUACUGAAGAGGUGAGAACUGUUCGGCGAGAAUGUGCUGAGUGAUUUGCGGACGAGGAAGGCGACACCGCUCAGCCCGAGGAGAAGGGGGACUCGUUGGGACCUUGAAUGACCUUGGGACGAAACAGGUGAAAACGGUGCAUCCUCCGCACCAAAUCGCCCCGAUGUACCACAGAAAUGUGAACAGACCUAUUCACAAGAGGUAUACCCACCCGAUGCAUGCAAGAUUGAUUCAUUGUCCCUGUCCAUAAAUGUGCUAUUCCUCACGUCCGAUUGGCGCAAUGUAUAGACCGAAGCUGCCCAGUCCGACGGCGACGAAGCAGGCGAUAUUGACAAGCAGCAGUUCAAAGACGCCGCGCGGAGGCUGGAAUUGACCCAUGAUUUUAAGCGCGAGGAUCAAUGUCGGCCAGAGAUAUCGACAGGCAAUGUCCAACCACCAAUAACGCAGUCUUUCGGAGCCGACGAGAUCCGCGACCACGAUGCAAUAGGCAUAGUUGAGCGCACCCGCGAAGAGUAUAUCGAUGAGGGCGUUGAUGGGAGUGUCCCUCAGCCACUGAAGAAAAGGAAGAAGGAAGCAGAACAGAGAUCUUAUCGUUUGCUUGUCUGACUGAGCUGACUGACCAGUUUUAUCGGACCGCUGAUCUGGAUAGUCCAAAACCCCCAUUCCUCAGGCACAGUGCCGAUGUCCACCGGCACACUGUCAUCGGCAGCCUUGGUUGGUAAGCAAGGUGGAAGAGGCGGUCGCUGGUUGCCUUCCGUGAUCCGACGACUUGAGCCUAUAGGUGUCAGCGAAAGGGGACUGUCGGCACUCGGACCCUCCUUAGGGAUGGAAGACAGGGAGCGGGACGGACUGCCGGAGCUAUCACCUCGAGGCAGUUUCAUCAUCACUCAUCUGAGGUUCCGAAGGAGCCCUGUGGGCGAGGGAAGAAGGGACAGCAGGCGUGUGCCAAUGAGUCCGAGCAGGGCAAAUUGGAGCAGGGCCAGCGAGCAGUGGAGGAAGCAGGGGGAGACGAGAAGCAACCGCAGAAUGGGAUGGAUGGAUAGAUCUCACGAAUCUCAGCCUCCAACCAAACAAAGGGAUCUGGAGAAUGACGACAGAGAAGAGAGAGAAGACACG